AUGCGUUCUCCAAUCCCCUCCUCUGGAAUCCAACCCGGCAGGUAUUCCCCUCCGGGCGCAGGCGCGUUCACGGCGCCCGCGGCAGGUGCUGCUGCGGCGCCGACGACGUCUACCUCUCCUUCCUCCUUCUCCCGGAGCAACAGGUGCGCAUGCGUGAUUGCUGCAGGUGCGCUGGGGCUUUCCCUCGCUUGGUUCCGCGAGCGUCCGCGGCACGCAUGCGCCUUCUCUCGCGCGCGCACCGCUCCCCCUCCCUGGCUGGUGCUGCUGCAGGUGCCAGGAGGAGGCUGCCGGGCUGCCCCUCCCCCAAAGGGCUGUGAGGUCGAGCUCGCGACGGCGGCGGCUUCUCCUCAGACGGAGACGGGAGGUGACAGGCUCAGCUGAGGGGCGGCCGCGCUCCGCCGUGCGUCCAGCCCCCCUCACAUCGCCGAGCGGGCGGACGGGCUCCUCGCCAGCGGUAUGAACCGGGUCCAUCGCGGAGGCGGAGGGGGAAGCCGCGGCCUCGGCACCAUGGAAGUGAAGAGCAAGUUUGGUGCAGAAUUCCGGCGAUUUUCUUUGGAAAGGUCCAAGCCUGGCAAAUUUGAGGAGUUCUAUGGAUUACUGCAGCAUGUUCACAAGAUACCCAAUGUUGAUGUGUUAGUUGGCUAUACAGACAUCCAUGGAGAUCUCUUACCUAUCAAUAAUGAUGACAAUUAUCACAAAGCAGUUUCUACAGCUAAUCCUUUACUUAGGAUUUUUAUUCAAAGAAAAGAAGAUGCAGACUAUAGUGCCUUUGGAACAGAUACUAUGACAAAGAAGAAAAAUGUCUUGUCGAAUGUGUUGCGUUCAGAUAACCAUAGGAAAAAACCGCACAUUGUCAUUAGCAUGCCACAAGACUUCAGGCCAGUGUCUUCUAUUAUAGAUGUAGACAUUCUUCCAGAAACCCAUCGCAGGGUGCGGCUUUAUAAAUACGGAACUGACAAACCUCUGGGAUUUUAUAUACGGGAUGGCUCUAGUGUCAGAGUAACACCACAUGGACUAGAGAAAGUACCAGGAAUUUUCAUAUCCAGGCUUGUUCCUGGAGGCCUGGCUCAGAGCACGGGCUUACUGGCUGUCAAUGAUGAAGUUCUGGAGGUGAAUGGUAUAGAAGUUUCAGGGAAGAGCCUUGACCAGGUUACAGACAUGAUGAUCGCAAACAGUCGUAAUUUGAUAAUUACUGUGAGACCAGCAAACCAGAGAAACAAUGUUGUUAGGAACAGCCGGACUUCUGGUAGUUCAGGACAGUCUACAGAUACCAGCCUUCCAAGUUAUACUCCACAUGCUGUGCCAAUCUACCACCCUGAAGAAGAGGAAGACAGUGAUGAUGAUGAUAUUAUUAUUGAAGAUGAUGGUGAGCCACAGCAAAUUCCAAAAGCUGCUCCUUCCAGUGAAAAUCUGGAGUCAUUGACACAAACUGAAACCCCUCAUGAAUCAAUGCAAAAUGGGUUCAUUCCUUCCAGAGAGGCAAACUUGUAUUGUUCAACAGGCAGCAUUAACAUGGAGUAUGAAAUCCAGGACUCGGACCAAAAGCCCUUGGAAGAAGAUGGGACAAUAAUUACAUUGUGAAACUAAGUGUAUUUGCUGUUGAAAUUAAGAGGCCAUACUUUUUUUUACUUGGCUGUACACCUGCAGUACAUACCUCUCAAUUACCGUAUUCCAGUGGCUUUUUAUAUCUGCGGAAUGGAGCUGAGAUAUCUGCUGUGACUCUGUCUCAAUUUUGGUUCCUACUUAAUGAAUAUUUCUGGAACAUGAACUGGUUCUUGUUAGAUUUCAAAACAGGACAGCACUCCCAUGACUAAAAGUUAUGCAAUUGUAUUUUUUUCCACUUUUCAGUGUACAUAACCGGCUUUGGAACAAGCUGUUGAUUGUGAGACUCAAGCAAGAGCGCCACAGUUCAUUGUUCGUGUCUUGGGUUCUGGCUGGAUACAUUGUCAUUCGUGGAACAUAUUUGCACAACUGUAGAUUUGUCGCUCUCAAAAUCCUAUAAGAUCCGGUCUGAAGAGCACCAUAUUUCAGCAAAGGAAUGUUUAUGAAACAAUAUAAGCAUGAGCUACAGCAAGUUCAGUCUGUUACGUAAUCAGUACACUAUGGAAAUGGUGGUAUGAUCGAUUUUAAGUUGUUAUAAAUAAUAACUUGAAUGGAAACAUCACAAUCUGAAAGGAGAUAACUACUCAUUGGAUUUGAUACAUUGGAUAGUUGGGAGGUAUAACUUUUUUACUUUUUCCUAUUCAUCCUUGAUUGUAUGUGAUCUGCUACUGGUGUUGGAGGAUAAAUUUCCAUUGUCAUUUACGUUUUUGAUAAUGCAUUAACAAAAAAUGAAGUUUUUAAAUGGCAAUGGCCCUUUAACCUUUAAUGAGAGAAACUGUGAUCUUGAAAUGUUAUGAUACAAGCUAGUCCCAUUAAAGCCAAUGGGAUUUUUUAUUGACUUCAAUGCGAGUUGGAUUGUAUUUAUAAUAUUAACAAUCUUAACAUAUUUCAUACCUUAACAAGUUUCCUUAGUAUGUCAUAUCUGACACUGCUGCACAUAUUGUUGAAUGAAUUACACAUUACAAACUUGAGUAGCUUUUUUGUUAAUUGGUGUCUUAAUUGUUCUUUUAAGAAUAUGAAGGUUCUCCUAUGGUGAUAGAGUUCCUCAAGGAAGACAUUGUAUAGUCAUAAAUUAGUCUGGAUUUUAUUUCAGUUGCUUUCCCUUUGACAGAUUUGUUGAGUUUUUAGCUAAGAAUAUACUUGUAUCAGGCAUAUGCUUAUAACUUUCAUCACAUAAUUGUGAUUAAGUACAGUCCACUUGAUUGCAAGAGGAGAAUGUUCAACACAUAGAUAUGACUACCUGGAUGCACACCUCUUCAUCAGAGGUGUAUGUUCAGUACUACUAACAUGGUACACAGUACUGUAGAUGAGAUGUAAAAUGAAUUUUUAACUUACACAGAAGCAUGGAAACCAAAACAUUAGUGAGAGGGUUGGAUGUUAAUUUAUUGUGGAAACACAAAUAUAUAUAUAUAUAUAUAGGGUUAUUGUGCUGCUUAAUUCAUUAACUUCUUGAUUUUUGAUAUUUAUGCUGCAAUCAUAUGCAUGACUGUUUUGGAUAUAUUACACUACAGUUACGAACUUAAGGAAGUGUUAUCUUAAACUGUAUUAAAUUUUAUUCCUUAAGAUACUAGCCUCAAUCAGGUAGCUUUUUAUUAUGAGGUGGAGUGUAUCCUUACAAUAUAUGUGUGAAGCAUAAAACAAUCUUGGUUUGAAGUUAUUUUAUUAUGUCUGAUAAAAUUGAGAAUUUGACAAAAUCCCUGAACGCUAGAGGAAGGAUAAGCAAAAUGCUGAUUCAAUUUUGCUAUUAAAAUGACAGGCUGCAUUGCAUAGAAUUGCAAAGCAAUGCAGUUGCCAUGAUGUCAGAACUUGACAAUUUAUCACUACCUUGUUUUAUUAAAUCAGCUAAAAUCAGUUUAUUGAAAUGGAAUUUAGUAAAUUUUAACUUUUUAUAUAUAAAAUGGUACUGGGCUUCAGUAUAAGUUAAACUUUGACUAUUAGACUUUCAUAUACUACCUCUUAAAGUUUAAUAUCUUGUGAAGGGGGAGAUGUCUCCUGCUGGAGGAAUACAUGAAGGCUUGACAAGUACAAUUUUUAACUAAAACCCCAAAGUGGCAGACUUUUAUUGCAGGUUCUAAGAUUCUGUUGUGUGCAGGGGCGUAGCUAGGGGAGAGGGGGCCCGUGUUCAUCCCUCUCUCUGGCAACCCCCGAGAGUGAGGGAGAUAAUGAAGGAAAUAGGGAGGGAUGGAGCUGGAGGGCCCUCAGGAGCUGGGGGCCCAUGUUCUUUGAACCCUUUCGCUCAAUUAUAGCUACGCCCCUGGUUGUGCGCUCCUUAUAAAUAUUCUCAAUUCUUGACUGAAGCUUACAUUAAUAUGUAUGAACAAGUCAUUUGGAUUGCUUCAUCAGAUAAUCAAAAUUAUUUUGAUACUACAGAUAAGUAAAAUACUGAAAAUAAUUCAAACCCCUCUCCCUGGCAAUCUGAAGACAGAUUAGCCUUUUAAGUGCACCUUAUCUGAAAGAGAGCAAAAUGUGGCUAGAAUAGUACAUGUUCUUUGAAACUAUUUUAAUACCAGAUGAAGUCAAGCUGAACUGUGAAAUCUUACGUUCUUCCACAGCUAUGUUGUGUAGGAUGAUGUUGUCAUGAACUGUCUGCAACAUGUGUAAUUUUGUGACUAUUAUGUAUUUUCUAAUCUUUAUGCAACAUGAUUUUUACAUGAACAUGUAUAUAUAAUAUGUCAAAUGUCAGUAUUUUUCUUACCACUUUAAUGUAUGAUGUAUGUGGGUACCACUAAAAGAACUUUGAUUUUAUAAAAAUCAAACUGGCACUAGUUGUAUGUUAGUCAUAUUUUUACAGACUCUAUAAUAAAAAAAAAACAACC